UUGACAUAAACGAAUGACAUUAAUAAUAAAUAAGAAGAAUUUGAUAUGUUUAUUAUUGCUUAUUAGUUGUCUUCAUUAUUUAUUUGUUGAUGUUUUAUUAAAUUAGGAUUUUAAACAGCACAACGGUAACUUUGCACCUUAUUUUAUAGUAAUAGUAGUAUAAAUUUACCUAACGAAAUGUUCGACGACGACGAUUACGAACAGCGCAACAGGCAACUGCUUUUCCAAGGUACCCAAGUUUUAGAGAGGACUGGACAAAGCUUGGCGAGAUCAACUCAAAUCGCCGUCGAAACUGAAACUAUAGGCCACGAAGUCAUAUCGGAAUUGGGGGAGCAACGAGAGGCCCUGCUCCGGACCAGAGGUAGACUGGAAGACGCCAACGAGCAGCUCUCAUCGGCGAAAAAUAUUCUCAAAUCAAUGAGCCGAAAUGUUUUUUACAAUAAGUUGAUCUUAAUUUUGAUUAUUAUUAUAGAGAUCCUUAUUUUGGCGUGUUUAUGCUACUUGAAAUUUUUGAAGCAUUAAGGUGAUAUAAUUUUCGUCUGUAUAUACCUACUCGUUUAGUCUUAACUGAUAUGUUACCACAUGUUAUAA